UUGGUGAAUCUUGUGCGCAUGCUCUGUUGCCGCUGGUCGCCGUGGGCUUGUAGCAUCAACAGCUUGAAAGCGAGGAAGAAGCAGUGGGAUAUUAUCUCGCUUGUUUCUAGUAUUUUCCAUUCCCUUUCCCCUUCCCGGUUGGUAUUGCAGGAGAUAAUUUCACCGGAUUUGCUGUUUUUGGUAUCAGAAGAAACUUUGCAAACGAGGAAUUUCAUCUUGCAAACGCUAGCUAAGGUUAACGUUAUACAAACACGGUCACAAGCUGAUGGCGGCCACUGUAGAGGAGCUGUAUCGAAACUAUGGGAUCCUUGCAGACGCAAAGGAUGACUUGAGUCAGCACAAGGAUGCAUAUCAAGUCAUUCUGGAUGGGGUGAAGGGGGGCCCGAAGGAGAAACGUCUGGCCGCCCAGUUUAUCCCUAAAUUCUUCAGCAGUUUCCCUGAACUGGCUGAUGCUGCCAUCAACGCACAGCUCGACCUAUGUGAAGAUGAAGAUGUCUCAAUCCGUAGGCAGGCUAUCAAGGAACUCCCUAGAUUUGCUGCUGGAGAAAACCUCCCUAGAGUGGCUGACAUCCUGACACAGCUUUUGCAAACAGAUGAUUCUGCAGAGUUCAACCAAGUGAACACAGCAUUGAUCUCCAUAUUCAAGAUUGAUGCCAAAGGUACUCUGGGUGGUCUGUUUAGCCAAAUACUGCAUGGAGAAGACAUUGUGCGGGAGCGGGCUAUUAAGUUUCUCUCCACCAAACUCAAGACAAUGCCUGAAGAUGUUAUGACAAAAGAGGUUGAAGACCACAUUUUCACUGAAACCAAGAAAGUGCUGGAGGAUGUGACGGGGGAGGAGUUUGUGUUGCUGAUGCGCAUUCUGUCCGGUCUGAAGAAUCUGCAGACGGUGAGCGGGCGGCAGCAGCUGGUGGAGCUGGUUGUGGAGCAGGCCUUCCUGGAACAGGCGCUCAACCCGGCCGACGCAGACGCCGUAGACCGUCUGCUGCAGUGCACGCGUCAGGCUCUGCCCCUGUUCUCGAAAAAUGUGCAUUCCACACGUUUUGUGACGUAUUUUUCUGACAACGUCCUGCCAAAUCUCAGCACAUUGACCAGUCCAGUGGCAGAACUUGAUAUCCAACUGGAGGUUUUGAAGUUGUUGGCAGAAAUGAGUCCGUUCUGUGGUGAUAUGGAGAAGCUUGAAAACAACCUCAAGAUGUUGUUUGAGAAACUCCUGGAGUUCAUGCCUCUGCCCCCAGAGGAAGGAGAGAACGGGGAGAACACCGCCAACGAGGAACCCAAGCUGCAGUUCAGCUAUGUGGAGUGCCUUCUGUUUAGCUUCCACCAGCUUGGCAAGAAGAUGCCCGACUUCCUCAUUGACAAAAUCGAUGCAGACAAGUUGAAAGAUUUCAAAAUCAGGUUGCAGUACUUUGCCAGAGGACUGCAGGUGUACAUUCGUCAGCUCAGAGUUGCACUGCAGGGCAAGACAGGGGAGGCACUUAAAACGGAGGAGAACAAAAUCAAAGUGGUGGCUUUGAAAAUUACCAACAAUAUCAACGUCCUCAUCAAGGAUCUGUUCCACAAUCCUCCUUCCUACAAAAGCACUGUCACUCUGUCCUGGAAGCCUGUGCAGAGGGAGGCUGCAGCAGUCGGCGAGAAACGGCCGCCUGGGGAUGAUGUUGGCCCUGGCACCACUGUGAAGAAGCUGGCACCAACGCUGCCCAGGAGAGAUGCCCGUCAGAUCUACAACCCCCCCAGUGGCAAAUACAGUGGUACCAUCGGCAACUUCCCAAAUGAACAGCGUGGUGGUUUCCGAGGAGGUAGAGGUCGAGGCUUUGGAGGCAGAGGGAACCGGAGCCGAGGAAGGAUCUACUGAGUGGUGAAGGACUGUCUGUUACCACAUAACACACACACACAAACUGAGGCAUAAGAAGACCGUUGGUGCGCUGAGCUUGAUCACCUCAGUGCCAUUGUCCAAUCUACAGCGCAAUUUUAGAUCCUGUUUUUGUUCUUUCCAAGAGAAUUUUUGAUCCCUUCCAGAGAAUGAUCCGCAUCACGUUUUGUUGUAGUUUUCCUUCUUUGCCUGACCUUUUUGUGGAACAAGGACUGCCAACUUGUACUUUGAUAGUUUGUUUUUGAUUGAUGGAGAAAAAAUGAUUGUUUUACAAAAUGACUUACAUUGUACCUUUUUUAUUUAAUCUUUUAAUUUUUUUAGAGAUUCAUGUUUGACGUAGAGAAACCUGUUGCAAGUUUGUAAAAUCCUGAUAAUGUUUUUCAUCUGAAUUUUUAUCAUAAACUUGUAUUUGAAGUCA